AUGUCACCGUAAGGAAAACAGAAGCUGUCCUGUUGCCCAUUCUAUUCCCAAAUGGGAUAGGUGUCGACGGCUUGUCUCUCCUUGUGAAGAGACAGCAGGUUUUUGUACAGCUGUGUGUCACUGUGGUGGAUCUUCGGAGGAGGGACCCACCUGACUGUCACAGGUAAGUCACUGAAUUUAUCACAACCCUUUCCAUACCUGUGACAAUAUUCUAACUUUUCCAUCGUUUUUGCCCUUUUUUCCUUCUCUGACUGUAAACCUGACCUUAGGGCAUUUGUUGUUUAGUUUACAACAAGCCUUUCAUAGAAAAUGUACUUGUGAUCCUAGCCAGAACGGGAUAUUGCAAAACCAUGUUACCUGCCUCUUCUUUCCUCAAGAACAUUGGACAGUUAAUUCAGGCUGGGUGGGAAAUUCUUUUCCUUAGUCUAGGUCAAUGUGACUGUCUUUGGAAAUCAUUUUUUGCAAAUUUCCGUGGUGGCUAAACUCAGACGUAAUUUUACUGGUGGGUGCUAAAGAUAGCAGAAAAGUGAAUUUGAGCUGUGCUAUUCCAGGUACCCGAUAUGAAUUAAGGGCAGUUUGGAUAAUCCCCGAAUUGUGCUCCAAAGGUCACAUUAAAGCAAUACACCAACCAAAAUGUCACAAAAUAGCGUGAAGCAUUUCAGGUUUCCAGAAAUCUCCAUUCUGGGUGGCCUAAACACUUGCACCUUACAUUGUGACAUUUUGGCUCACCUUAUAAAAUGGUUGGAUCUGGGUUGUGUGUUGUUUUUCAAAUGUAGCUCCCUUUACUUUUUCUAAUUUUGUAUUUUCAUUUUGGGACUUCCUAAGCAGAGGAAUAGAAUAGAUUCUGUUUCUAGAUAGCUCUGCAGUUCAGAGCAACAUGCUCCCAAUCUAAGAGAAACAGGACUCUCUGCAUUCUACAACACAAAAUGCAAUCAUCUGAAAUGGAAACCAGGGUCAACUCUGUGCAUAAAAUUUCACCAGAACUGAAUGGGGUUUGGGAACAAACUGAAGUGACCACUUUGCAAUUCACAGUGCAUCAGAAGGUUGAAAGCAACCUAACCCAUGAGAUUGAUGAUCAGAUCUCCUGAUUUUUUCCUUUGCUGUUAAAUCAACUGCACAGGCUUAAUUUAUUAAUUGAAGUAGAGGCACAGCAGCAAAGAUUAAUUCCGUAGUCUCAAUUGCUGCAUCCCAGACUUACUGUUGGUCCCACUGGAAAAAUAUAGACGCUUCCUUCUUUCUUUCUUUCUUUCUUUCUUUCUUUCUUUCUUUCUUUCUUUCUUUCGGAAUAUCUGCGCCCCAUGCUAAUCAUUGCUCAGAGUAGACCUGCUGAAAUGAACAAAUUUAACUCCAUUAAUUUCAGUUGGUCUGCAUGAAUUAAUACUGAGUUGAGUGCAACCCAAAUGACAUUAACAAUAAGAAUAUUCCAUUAAUCCGUUAAUAUAGGCAUGUCCAAAUGUCCAAAUAGGCACCUAAAUGAGACUGGUGGUUAUAAGCCAUGCAUUAAAAGGGAGAAAGCACCAGGGCUGGUGGUCUUCAGAUUACGACGAGAUCUUCAGACCAAAAGGGGUUCAGCAAUCAAUCUGUCUCCCGUGGGAACUCUGCGUGAGGAGAAUAGAGGGAUCCUAAAAUCUCUCAGUAACCUUUCCAAACCACAGUUCCCAGAGUUCUAUGGGGGAAGCCAUGACUGUUUAGAGUGCUUUGAGCCUACUUUAUAGAUAGAUGAUAGAUGAAAGAUGACAGAUAGACGAUAGAUGAUAGAUGAUAGAUGAUAGAUAGACAGACAGACAGACAGACAGACAGAUAGAUAGAUAGAUAGAUAGAUAUAGAUAGAUAGAUAUAGAUGAUUGAAUCUUUAUUUGAAUCAGUCACUAGCCGUAGCAAUAAAAUAUAAUAAAAUGUACUGAAGAUAGAGGUAAAAACUUAACUAUAGAAAAUACAUUUUGGGGGUUUUACAUCAUUAAUCAAAUGAUAGAUUUUAUUUUAAUUGUCCCCGCUAAAAACCUCGCACUUUUUGUGCGGUGCAAAUGGAGCUGUACAAAGAAAGGUAAAACUGCUUGUAAAUAUAUGUACUGUAUGUUGGGAGAAAACCUGGUGAACAUUCUGUGAGGACCGAAAAAGAAACCAUGAAUUGAUUUGAAAACAUGGGAAAUUGAACUUAAGCCCAAGAAAAUGAGAAACUAUAAUUUAGAAGAUUAACGCUUCCCUAUUACCUGACGACAAGACAAACCAGUAAGACAACUUAUUCAGAGUUGCUUGUUCGUCUUUUUCUUGUAACAUGGUUGAAAUCGUUUUUUAAAAAAUAUAUGGAUAAAAACCAAUGCUCCCCUUCUGCUUUCAGUGGAGACAUCUGUUGACAUUUGAGAAGGGGGCAGAGUUUUCUCUAAUUUUCCCUCUCCAAGUGUAUCCCCCAGCCUUUGAGAUCCAUUCCAGAGAGUUGUGGGACCUUCUGAACAGUGUGAAGCAGUUGGCAAUGAGGGGAAACCAGAGAAAAUCCUCUCCCCCUUUCUAUGUUCAUAGAUGGUGUCUUCACAUAACUAGAAUGGAUUUCACUUCAGGGAUCUUUAUCCUCCGAAUUUGGAGUUAAGGCUUGUUCACAAAAGUGAAGCACUGCCUUAUCCCCCCAAAUGACCCUCUCAGCAGGCAAAAAUGGCCAUUGCGUGGUCUCCCAAUUGGGGGGGGUUGCUUCUGCCCUCUGUUCCUGCUUGCGAGCUUCUCAUAGACAUCAGGUUGACUACUGUGAGAGCAGGACAGAGGACUAGAUAGGCCUUUGCAAUCCUCAUCCAGCUGAACUCUUCUUCUGUUUUAAUGCUAUGUUCUCUAUCCAUUGUUGGAGGCUGUCUCUCAAUAGCAGCUGCUGGGAAUUAAAAUGCAUGGAGCAGUGUAGCUCUCAGAUUGUCAAAUGACAUGGGCUCUGUUGUCAAAGUCUGGGAAUCGGACUUCCAAAAUGGCAUCCGGGCAUAUUUUUGCUGCGGCGUUAUGGCAACUAGGACAAUUUUUUAAUUUAUUUUUUUAGAAUAAUGCUUUGAAAAAAUGAAAAAGAAGUCCAAAAUGGAGAGCCAGUGUGGUGUAGUGGUUAAGAGCGCUAGACUCGUAAUCUGGUGAACCGGGUUCGAUUCCCCACUCCUCCACAUGCAGCUGCUGGGUGACCUUGGGCCAGUCACACUUCUCUGAAGUCUCUCAGCCCCACUCACCUCACAGAGUGUUUGUUGUGGGGGAGGAAGGGAAAGGAGAAUGUUAGCCGCUUUGAGACUCCUUCGGGUAGUGAUAAAGCGGGAUAUCAAAUCCAAACCCUUCUUCUUCUUAAGCUAUUUUUUGGGGGGAGAUGUUCCCCCCAAAAAAGCUCAAAAACUUUGAAAAACAAAAAGGCAACCCUACUUUUGGAUUAUGCCAACCCUACUUUGGACCAGAUCCAGAAAGGCUCAUUGUAUAUUCUUUAAAUUACUUAUGCACAAUGAACAUAGGUGCUGACUCCCUGGGCCCCUGGGUGCCUGAGCACCCACAAAAUUUCCCAUGAACGGACUGGGCACCCACAAAUUUCAGUUCCAGGGCCAUGCACGCUGGAUGGCACCCAUGGCCUCAGGCAGCCACAGUCCUGGGGCCACGUUUGCACUCCUGACAAUGGUAGUUCACCAUGUGUACAAGAACAAAUAAGGUGCUUUGUAGAUCUCUCCUUUGCUAUGGCUGUCAGUAUAAAUAUGUGAGUUUAAAAGUGCAUAUCAGGCAGGGAAUUUAUAUCCCAGUUCCUAAGCAGCUCCCCAGUUUCUAAAUUGGUCUUCACUUUGUUUUAUCUUUGUGUUAAUUGGUUUUAACUCAUCAAUAUUUUAUAGAGCGGAGAUGAAAGGACAGAAGUUCAGGAAGUUUCUCAAAGCCCUAGAAAUGUCAGACUAUGACCCCAAGACCUUUUGCAUGGAAACCAAGCUCUGCAGCCUCUCCCAUUAGCAUAGAUGUAUGAUCUACAACUCCCUCCCAUGCGCACUAUGGUAUUCUAGUUGCAGAUAUUCCUAACCAGACUCAUGCACUGUAAUGAGGAGGAGAAAUCUCUGAAUAAACUCUUCCUCACCACAGCUCAAGGGUGCCAAGAAUGGCUGUGUUGCUUCAUAGACCAAAAGAUACAGGUUCAAUUAUGUGUAUAUUGCACAACAGUAUUUUCUGUGCUAUGAAGCAUUAAGGUUCGGUUCCCCUUGGCAAUUUUCAGAGAAUCAUGAAGACGUCGAAGGGGUCUUCAACCACACUUAGUCCAACUCACAGCCCAAUGAUUCCUCUUUCUAAAAAUAGAUGGUUUCAGGAGCCACCAUUUAAAUUUGCUCACAGUGAUUCAGAGUAAUGCAGGAGUAUUAUGGGGAAUUUAAAUGGCAGCUCCCAGUUUCUGACACCAUCAUCACAUGGAGCACAAUAAAUCUUUUAGGAUACAUCCAUAUGAUAUAUUAAAUCGUGGGGCACUCUGAGAAUAUAUAAUGCAUAAUAGCAGUUAAACAGAGAAGAAGGCUUCACAAGCAACAGUAUUACAAAGUUUCUUGAGGCUGGAGGAGAAGAAAAGCUUUUGGAGGAGAUUGACAUCAACAAGUCUUGCCUUCCAGAUAGUCAAAUGUCCUUACAAAACAUUUCAGGACACAACUUUGGGGAAUAGAGUCCGAUUAGUUGGGGGGGGGGGGGGGGGGGGGGGGGGUGGGGGGGGGGGGGGGGGGGGGGGGGGGGGGGGGGGGGGGGGGGGGGGUGGGGGGGGGGGGGGGGGGGGGGGGAUCUCACUUGAGAUUUAAGGGGCAUGAUGGAAUCAAAUGCAACAAACUUUCUUUUUUAACUGAAAUAGAGGCACAGCAGUAGAGAGAAUUAACCAAUUUCCUAUAUCUUUAGUCUCAAUUCUCACACCCUAAACUUAAUGUUGGUCUCACUGGGGGGAAAAUACGUGGGUACUUUUCUUCCUUUGUUCAAUUUUUUAUUUGCAAAUAUAAAAGGAAGGAGCAAAGCUAAAGACACUAGGUUGUAUCUAAGACUAGUCCUUCUUGGAGUAAACCAAUUGCAGGCAUAAAAAACUUACGUUCAUUCAUUUCAGUGGGUCUUUUGGGAUUAAAACUGAGUUGCAUGCUACCCAGCCGACACUGGCAAUAAGAAUAUUCCAUUAAUCCUAAUGUAAAUAGAAUUAUACGCAGAUUUACAAAUAGGUAUAUAAAUGAUACUGAUCAUUAUAAGCCAUGCAUUAAAAGGGAGAAACCCCAGAGAGCUCUUCAGACUGCUGUGACACCUUCAGACCUAGAGGGGUUUAACAAUCCAUUUGUUUCUCGUGGGAAUUCUGGGAAUUGUAGUUCUGUGAGGAGAAUAGAGGGAUCCUAAAAUCUCUCCGCAGCCUUUCCAAACUACCGUUCCCAGAGUUCUUUGGGGGAAGCCAUGGCUAUUUGGAGUGCUUUGAUCCUAUUUGAAAUGGAUUGUGCAAAUGGGUCUAUACAAAGAGGGGUAAAUCUGCUGGGAAAUGUGUGUAUGUUGGGGGGGAAGAUGGUGAACGUGAACUGAUUUAAAAACACGGGAAACAGAACUUAAGCCCAGGAAAAUAAGAAACUAAAAUUGACCAAUUAAUGUAUCCCUGUUACCUGACUACAACACCUGCCAAUAGAAUGCCUUAUUCAGAGGUGCUUGUUCUUUUUCUCUGACAAUGGUUGAAAUUAUUAUUCUUAUUCUUAUUAUUCUUAUUAAAUGGAUAAAAACCCAUGCUCCUGUUCUGCUGUCAGUGGAGCCAUCCGCUAACAUAUGAGAAGGGGCCAGUUUUCUCUGAUUUACCCCACGCAACUGAGGUCUCCACUGGCUUAAAUUUCAGAUGGUUGUGGGACCCUUCUGAAGAGCGUGAGGCAGUUGGCAGCGAGGGGAAGGGGGAACCAGAGGAAAACCAGCUCCCCCUUCUUAUGUUAAAAAAAAUAAGAACUGGAAGGGAUUUCACCUCAAUGAUUUUUAUUCUCCAGAUUCAGAGUUAAGGCUUGUUUACAGAAGUGAAAUGCUGUCUUUCCCCUCUAUAUGGCUGCGCCAGCGAGCAAAAAUGGCUGUUGCUUGGACUCCCCAAUGGGCAGAGUGCUGCUACACUCUGUUCAUGCUUGUGAGCUUCCCAUAGACACCCAGUUGAUCACUGUGAGAGCAGAAUGGAAGUCUAGAUGGGCCAUUGCAACCUUGAUCCAGCAGACCUCUUAUUUUCUGAUGCUCUUUGAGGCCAUUUUGCAAUACCCGUUGCCAUGGAUCAAAAGCACAGAGAGGGCUGUUGCUCUGGAAUCUUUUUGCAAGCUUGCAAUAGACAUCAGGUUGACCGCUAUGAGCACAGUGUCCCAAGCAGAUGGGCUUCUCGCCUGAUCCAGAAGGGCUCAUCUGAUUGACUUUAAAAUAUUUAUGUGCAAUGAAAGUUCACCCCCUCUGAGAGCAAACAGGCUGCUUUAAUGAUCUCUCCUUUGCUAUGGCAGUCAGUAUAAACAUGUGGGUCAUUCCCCAGAAGAACUCGUAAUUUUGAACAAUCCUUUGUACAGUGGUACCUCAGGUUAAGUACUUAAUUCGUUCCGGAGGUCCGUACUUAACCUGAAACUGUUCUUAACCUGAAGCACCAGCUUAGCUAAUGAGGCCUCCUGCUGCUGCCGCGCCGCCAGAGCACAAUUUCCGUUCUCAAAGUUCUCUGAAGCAAAGUACUUGACCCGAGGUAAUAUUUCUGGGUUAGCGGAAUCUGUAACCUGAAGCGUAUGUAACCUGAAGCGUAUGUAACCUGAGGUACCACUGUGCUUAAGAACCAGUGACUAGUCCAAAUUGUGCAUUGAUCUUGUCCACUCCUGACCAUGUCAGGGAUGGGGUAACACAGCAACCCUCUACCUUUGCCCGGAUGCUGUGACACCAGAAAUCAUAUCAGCCCUGGCCAUGCUUAAUGGGGCUGUCACCGAGUAGAGAGACACAGAUUCCACAUCCCUGCUUUAUGCUGACUGGCAGAACUCGCACAGUUAUGGGAUAGGGAGAUCUGAACAGCUUUCUUCCUUCUUUGGCCGAGUAAGAUUGUCUUCCAUAAACACAGUUUUAAAAGUGAUUCUGUAAGUGACUAUGGGGGCCGAUUCUGGAUCCACAUGUCCUUGCACAGUGGAGACAUGGGUUUCCGGGUGGGCGUUGGUCAUGGUGAGGGUUUGCUGAACGUGCCUUCCUCAUAGCAUGUUUCUCCCUUUCGUUCUGAGUUUGAGCAUCUUCAAAGUCCACAACACCUUUGGUAAAAGCUGUUCUCCAAGUGGAGUGCUCGCAGGCCAGUGCUUCCCAGUUGCCAGUUAUUAUACAGUGGUACCUUGGGUUACAUACGCUUUAGGUUACAUACACUUCAGGUUACAGACUCCGCUAACCCAGAAAUAGUACCUCGGGUUAAGAACUUUGCUUCAGGAUAAGAACAGAAAUUGUGCAGCAGCGGUGCAGCGGCAGCAGUAGGCCCCAUUAGCUAAAGUGGUGCUUCAGGUUAAGAACAGUUUCAGGUUAAGAACAGACCUCCAGAACGAAGAACAGACCUCCAGAAGUUCUGAACCCAAGGUACCACUGUACUACAUUCUUUUACAUUUGCCUUGAGAGUCUUUAAAUCUCUUUUGUUGACCACCAGCAUUGCACUUCCCAUUUUUAAGUUCAGAAUAGAGUACAGUGGUACCUCCAGUUGCCAAUGGUUGGAUCCCAAACAAUUCGCAACCGGAGGUGCAGCUACUGCGCAUGUGCGUGGCACCGUUUAGUGCUUCUGCGCAUGCACGCACGGUGAAACCCGGAAAAAUACUUCUGGGUUUGCCACGUACAUAUCCCAAAGGAUAUGUAACCGGAGACCAACGUAAGUAGAGGUACCACUGUAGUUGCUUUGGAAGACGAUAAUCAGGCAUCAGCACAACAUGAUCAGUACAACUUUGCUUCUUCCAGUACACGGGCCUGUCUUCCCAAAUGAUGUGUAAAAUUUGACAGCAGCUCUCUAGUGUCUAUGGCAUUCUAGAUGUGGAUAUUCCUAACUGGACUGAUGCAGUCUAAACUCUUCCUCUCACAGAUCACCACAGUUCAGUCAUGCCAAGAAUGCCUGUGCUGCUUCAUAGACCAUAAUAUAUUUUGCAUGGCUUGAAUCAUGUGUUUCUUACAUUUUGGGUUGCUAUAAAGGAAUACGACCUGGUUCUCCUGGACCUUUUUCAUAAAAUCAUAAAGAGCUGUAAGACAUCUUGUAGGACACUUCCAGCUCAAAGUAUAGCUACCAAUUAGUAACAGGUCCUUACAAAACAUUUCAGGACACAACUUUGGGGAAUAGAGUCCGAUUAGUGCUUCCUUUAUGAAAUCAAGUAAAUUAUUAUAUGUGCCAAAUAUUUAAUACUCCCCUGAGACACGACACUUAACCAAAUUUCCCCUUGACUUCCAGGUCAGCCAACAGUACCUCCAACAGUGAACGUCUUCCCACCAUCCCCAGAAGAACUGAAGAGCUCAGACAGCGCCACCCUGGUGUGUCUCAUGGAUGGCUUUUACCCAGGCGUUGUCCAAGUUACCUGGCAGGCUGAUGGCACCCCCAUCUCCUCUGGGGUGGAGACAACCACGCCCACCAAGCUGAAUGACAAGUACGCGGCCAGCAGCUACCUCAGCAUGAAAAAGUCCGACUGGGAGAGGAAGGAGGAAGUCACCUGCAAAGUGACGCAUGAAGGAAAGACGGUUGAAAAGGUGGUGAGGAGAUCGGACUGUGCCUAA